AGGCGGCCCGGGCGUGCGGCUGGCGGCGGUUGGCGGCGCGUGGGGCCGGCGGGCGGUUACCGUGGGCAGGACCCGAGUGCAGGCAGCUAGAGCCGGCGCCAUGGUGGAGAAGGAGGAGGCUGGCGGCGGCAUCAGCGAGGAGGAGGCGGCGCAGUAUGACCGGCAGAUCCGUCUGUGGGGAUUGGAGGCCCAGAAACGGCUGCGGGCCUCCCGGGUGCUUCUUGUCGGCAUAAAAGGACUUGGGGCUGAAAUUGCCAAGAAUCUCAUUCUGGCAGGAGUGAAAGGACUGACCAUGUUGGAUCCUGAACAGGUAUCUCCAGAAGACCCCGGAGCUCAGUUCUUGAUCCGUACCGGAUCUUUUGGCCGCAACAGGGCCGAAGCCUCUUUGGAGCGAGCCCAGAAUCUCAACCCCAUGGUGGAUGUGAAGGUGGACACGGAGAAUAUAGAAAAGAAGCCGGAGUCAUUUUUCACUCAGUUUGACGCUGUUUGUCUGACUUGCUGCUCCAGGGAUGUCAUAGUCAAAGUUGACCAGAUCUGUCACAAAAAUAGCAUCAAGUUUUUUACAGGAGAUGUUUUUGGCUACCAUGGAUACACAUUUGCCAAUCUUGGAGAGCAUGAAUUCGUAGAGGAGAAAACCAAAGUUGCCAAAGUUAACCAAGGGGUAGAAGACGGACCUGAUACCAAGAGAGCAAAGCUUGAUUCAUCUGAAACGACUAUGGUCAAAAAGAAGGUGGUCUUUUGCUCUGUUAAGGAAGCGCUGGAAGUGGACUGGAGCAGUGAUAAAGCAAAGGCAGCUCUGAAGCGUACAACUUCGGAUUACUUUCUCCUUCAAGUGCUCCUGAAGUUCCGCACAGAUAAAGGAAGAGAUCCUAGUUCUGAUACCUUUGGGGAAGAUUCUGAGUUGUUGCUCCAGAUUCGAAACGACGUGCUUGACUCCCUGGGUGUUAGUCCUGACCUGCUUCCCGAAGACUUCGUCAGGUACUGCUUCUCCGAGAUGGCCCCAGUGUGUGCAGUGGUUGGAGGGAUCCUGGCCCAGGAAAUUGUGAAGGCCCUGUCUCAAAGGGACCCUCCUCACAACAACUUCUUCUUUUUUGAUGGCAUGAAGGGCAGUGGGAUUGUGGAGUGCCUCGGCCCCCAGUGAACCCAAGAUUGGCAGCCCUGGAGACGCUGACCUGCAGCGCGACCACACGUGCCCUCUCCCCUCUCCCCUCCCCCCUUGAAGGCAGCUCCAGGCGGGGGGGUUGGGGGGGAGCCAUUGGACCAGUACAAACCAUUUCCUGCGAGCAGUGAGCUUGUACAGAUGUGUGACUUCUAAGCACCAGCAGCUGCUCAGCAAGGGGCAUAGGGACCGGCUGUCUCCCUUCCAGCACUGGGUGAAGGCUGUUUGUCAGCUGUCACCUGAACUCCCCCUCUGAUGCAUCCCUCUGUCCUGGGGCCGCCACAGCAUCGCCAACCCUCUGGGCUUCCACAGGAGACGCCUGCCAGCAGCCAGCAUGCCUUGUUGCUUGGGAUCCUCUUGCCACCUCCUUGGACUUACUCCCUGCCUGAUGUCAUACAGAGAAGAGCAUGACUCCAGGUGGGGAGUAAGGCUGGGCCUGAUGAAACACUAGCGGAGCCACAGUUCCAAAUGCAGACAGGUGCCCCAGAGAGGAAAAGACGGCAGGCGGAAUGUAUUUCCUCCAGAGUUUGAGAUCCUGAAAAACAACAGGUGGCAUCUGGUGUGCUGUUCUUGAAUUUUAGUUCAGGAUUAGUUGGGUUUCAGCCUGGGUUUUGGAAGAGAGGAAAUGUUACCAAAGUUCCCUUGGGCAUUAGGGUGAGACCUUGCAAAGUGAACAUUACUGGGAAAACUUGUUUUAAAAAGGCAGAUUCCAGGGUCCCACCUCCUGAGGAUUCUGAUGUUUUGGGGCCCAAGCUAGGACGUAGGAGGAGCCUGUCUUAUCAGAGCCCCCCCGCCCCUUCCUGAUGCAACUCAGACUGUCCUGGAGGCUGUUGCUUUCCAGGGCUGUGUUAGUCCUUCCUUUACCCCCGCCGAGUCACAGCUGUUUGUGUUUUUUUUUUAUAUUUUCUAUAUGCCCUUGGUUCUUUAAAAAGGAAUGAUAGAAAUAAAGUUAUUUGCUUUAGGA